CACGCUCCCGGCGCUGCCCGCAGCCGCGCGGCUCCGCACCCCUGCCCUGCAGCCAGCGCGCUCGGCAGCCGGAUUGUACCCAGCGGCACCACCCGCUCUCCCAGGUCUCUUGUUCGGCCAGGGAGACAGGGAACGAAACAUCCGUCUCCCUCACUGCAAAGGGGAAUCAAACCGAUCCAUCUCAGACCAUUCUCCUAAAAGCUCAGCGCGUUUGAGUUCAUCAACUGGAUAGAAAAAUGACAAAAAAUGGCAUCACAUUUUGGCUGUUUGUCCUACCAGUUACUAUGUUUUUUGCCACUGCUGUACCAUCCAGAGGGCACCAGAACAUGACAGAGGACUUGGCUCCACUGAGUGUUACACGGAAUAAGAUUAUGACAGCACAGUAUGAAUGCUACCAGAAAAUUAUGCAAGACCCUAUUCACAGGAAAGAAGGUCCUUACUGUAACAGGACGUGGGAUGGCUGGUUGUGCUGGAGUGACGUUGCUGCUGGAACUGUGUCAGUACAGCGUUGCCCUGACUACUUUCAGGAUUUCAACCCAUCAGAAAAAGUUACGAAGAUCUGUGAUCCAAGUGGGAAUUGGUUUAGACACCCAGAAAGCAACAGGACCUGGACAAACUACACCCAGUGUAACAUCUAUACGCAUGAAAAAGUGAAGACUGCUCUGAAUUUGUAUUACUUGGCCAUCAUUGGACACGGUCUUUCGAUUGCAUCACUUCUGAUUUCUCUGGGCAUAUUCUUUUAUUUUAAGAGCUUGAGUUGCCAAAGGAUUACGCUGCAUAAAAAUCUAUUUUUCUCUUUUGUUUGCAACUCUGUUGUAACAAUAAUUUCACUGACUGCAGUUGCCAACAAUCAAGAGUUAGUUGCAACUAAUCCAGUUAGUUGCAAAGUGUCACAGUUCAUCUACCUGUACCUGAUGGGUUGCAACUACUUCUGGAUGCUGUGUGAAGGCAUUUACCUGCAUACUCUCAUUGUGGUGGCAGUUUUUGCUGAGAAACAGCACUUGAUGUGGUAUUAUCUUCUUGGCUGGGGUUUUCCACUGAUCCCUGCCUGCAUACAUGCUGUUGCUAGAAGUUUAUAUUACAAUGACAAUUGUUGGAUCAGCUCUGAUACUCACCUGCUGUACAUCAUCCACGGCCCUAUUUGUGCUGCUCUACUGGUGAAUCUUUUCUUCCUGCUAAAUAUUGUUCGUGUUCUCAUAACCAAGCUGAAAGACACGCACAAGGCAGAAUCCAACCUGUACAUGAAAGCAGUGAGAGCCACCCUGAUUCUUGUCCCACUGCUCGGCAUCGAAUUUGUCCUGUUUCCAUGGCGACCAGAAGGCCGGAUCGCUGAGGAAGUGUACGACUAUGUGAUGCACAUCCUCAUGCACUACCAGGGUCUACUGGUGGCUACAAUUUUCUGCUUCUUUAAUGGAGAGGUCCAGGCCGUUUUAAGAAGACACUGGAAUCAGUACAAGAUGCAGUUUGAGCACAGCUUCAGCCACUCGGACGCCAUGCGCACCGCUUCCUACACCGUCUCCACAAUCAGCGACAUUCCGGGCUACAGCUACAAUCACGACUGCACCAGUGAACAUUUAAAUGGGAAGGGCUACCAUGACAUGGAGAGCGUUGUUUUAAAAACUGAAAAGCUGUAUGGUUGACUGCCAGGUGCUCCUGUGCCAGUGUGCUGAUCCUUGGGGCUCCUGAACUCCAAGUCUGGGGUAAUGACUUGACAGCCAGAAGAUCUGACCUAACUUAGGAUAUGUUUUUCUCCCGAACGAUGCCAACUAAACUGACACAUUUUUCAUUUGUAUGUAUAUAUAUGCACACAUAUACAUGAGUUUGUGUUUCUGUGUAUCUAUAUAGUAUGGACAUCUGUACAUAUAUAUUUAUAUAUAUAUGUAUGGGCAUUUGUAUAAGGAUACAAACUUUGCCUCUUCUGUUUCUACUGUGUAGACAAAGUUGGCAAUUUUUUUUUGUAUAAAGGGAAUCAAUGAAGGAUUUCUUAUUUUCUUGGCAGGUUCUAUAAGACUGUGUUGUGUUGAAGCCCCUUUAUUUGCCUAUAGAAUCUUAGACUGUAAAUACCAUACUGUCUUGUCUUAAUUCAACCUAAACCAGAAGGAAUGAAAAGAGUUAAAGUAGGUGCAAUAACAAGAUUGUCCAGGUUAAUUUGGUCUCCAGGAUUUGUCUGUCAAAAAAUCCCAAGAGGUAGUCUGAGAUAACAGACUCAGAGAAUGAAGGUUUGGUUUGGCCAGUUGGUUUUUUGCACUAUUUUAAAUCAAGCAGAGAGGCACCAGUGCAAGUCUGAGACUCUGCUUACUUCUGUACUGCAAGGUAAAUUUGACAGCAAGCUUAGAGCAAUUUUAUUUUAACUAUUUCGACAUAGACAGAAGUGUCUCCUUCUUCGCAAGCUUCUUGAAGUUUCUUUCUGGCUUUACACAGACAAGAUGGAUGAGGCCUUUCUGCCAGAAAGAAGUAGCAUCCCUCAGUGACUGUAAUAACAAUAACUUCCAGACACUAAUAUGUAAUUGAAGGCAAUGGAACUUAACUCUCUGCCUAAUGAAUUUUCUCAACGAGGAAAAGACCACGUGCAGCGUAUUUUGUAGUCCUGUUGUUGUUUUAGGUUUUUUUUUUUUCCAAGUAUUUUCCUGAUUAUACAUGUGAUAAUUUAUUCCUUAAUUUUGGGGGCAAAGUUUUGAUGAGUUUAUGGCUUUUUUUUUUUGUCUGAGAAAAGUGUGGAAGACAAUGCAGUGCAAAUGACAUCCUACCUUGAAAGCCACUGCAUGAGAUACUGAUUAAUCAAGCAAAGCAAUGUUAGUAAUUGCUCUUAUUUCUAAAAUCCAGUAUAAAGUUUGCCUUAUGAGGGUUCAAAACAUUAGGGAUUGAGAAUUGUAAUGCUAUUUUGGAGUGCUUGAUUCUGAAUCUCUAUCUCGGUUAGUUAGCUUAAAACAGUGCUUUGGAAGUUGUGUCUUUGGUUCUAAAGGUCUCGCUGAAAAUGAGCUGGCUGUCAGGAAGGUCCUGAGGAAAGGUGUCUUUAAAGCAUAAGGAUUUACAAAAACAGCUUGCUGUAAAGAAAUAGUUUUCUUAAGUAAAAUGACAAAAAUACUUGAGUGAGGGCAUGAUAUGAGGUAGGUUUAGAAAAGUCUUACUAGAAAUCACCAAAGUAGAAAAAGGUUUUAAUGGUUUAUUUUGCAGAUUAGUAAGUCUGAUUCAAGUGGGAAAAAAUGGAAGUAGAAGAAAAGUAGAUGCUAGAGUUGAUAGACAAUGAUGCUAAUCAAUGUAUAUCUGGUGCAUGUAAGCCAGUAAAAAAACAGAAAGACAGUUCUUUCUGAGAUGACUUCAGUUGUAAAUACUUUUGGGUAGGAACGACUUGAUUUAACAUGUAAUAAUUUUUGUCAGUAGCCUUUCUGUAGGUUUCCUUAGCAUCUAGUUAAUUGGCUAUCACAGCGUUUGUUGGUUUGUCACUUCAUAAGGCUUUAAAUGCUUUGUCUUUAGAAGGAAAACAUUAGGAGGAUCUGGUAAGUUCAUGCCAUUUGCACCUUUCCAUAGUUUUUUUACAGUGCUUACGCCUGGAAGUUUAGUUUAGAAAGUGUUUUAUUAAUGAUGUAGUUUCAUAAUACAGAAUCUCAGCUAGGAGGCACAAAAUCAAGAUUACUGUUCUUCUGCAAGGCUGUCUGAUGGAUGGCUAGGAUUUGAAUAUCAGUUGGAUGCUGUACUCAAGUGUGACAUCUGACUGCCCGCUGUCACAAUCUCUUAUCUUGCAAGAAUACAGUGAUGGUAUCUGCUACGACAUGAUUAGAGGUUACUGACAACUCUGCUUGCUGAUCGAUGUAGUGUUACUUAAAGUUUGUGCAGUGUUCUGAAAGUAUGAGUGGUGCAGAAAGUGGGUGCUCUGGUAUAGCAGCUGUAUACCGGGGGGAGCAGAUGGUUAGCUGUCUCCAUUUCCAUUUUCAGAAUCCAUGGGUAGCAGCUGACAAUUAAAGUCCAGGCAGAUGCCCAUCCAGUUAAAAGUGCUUUGAAGUCUUUUAUGGCAUAUUAUCAGACAAUUCUUGCACUGGUACCUGGUGGGUUGUUGUAAUUCAAACGUGUGGGUGUUUAGUGUGUGAUACCAUAUUAGAUUUUUAAUUAAGUGUCCUUCACAGAUAGACAGUUCAAAUUUAAUAGCCUAUUCAUUUUGAUCAAUUAAUGCAAAGUACCAGUUGCCCAUUGCUCUGUCAGAGAAACUUGCAAUGGUAAUUUAGGAGGCAAAAUGGGUUUUCCACAGAAAUCACCUUACUCUUAGGUGGACAAUCAUGCAUUCUUCUGGACAUGUGUCUGUCUUCCCUUUGGAAGAGAAACACACAUCCCCCUGCAUGUCCAAGAAAAUGUUGGCAUCUGUGGAGGGUGAUGUGGCACAGGAGAGCUGCAUUUCCCUCCUCUUCCUGAGGUGAACUCACCUGUUUCCUGUUUUGCAUUGAAAAGUAUAAGUUCCUUAUUUAACUUCCUACCUCGUUUUUUCAGUUCCUGCACAAACAAGAGAAGGGGCUGCUUCUUAAAAUGUUUUUCUGUCGCAAGAAGUUAAAAUCAAAUCCUUACAUGGAUUGCUCCUGGUGUUUUUUCUACUUGAUAGAAUGUUGUAGUCCUUCUCUGUUCUCUGGGAUGGAAGUAAACUCCGAUUGGGUGGGGCUAUGAGAAUUCUUGGAAUAUGCAAAGUGAAUUGUUAGUAUUUGUCCUUUAUUUUUUGUUAUUUAGUGAGGAUUUAUUAUAUCAAUCUACAGGGGCUAAAGAAAUACUUGUCUUAUAUUUGGUAUUAUCAGCAUGUCAGUAUUCUGUGAGAGGGAGUGUCUAUUUGUAAUGCUACUGUCUUCAAAAUGUGCCCCGUUACAGGGUUCCCUCAGUUGUUGUUUUAUUUGUUUUAUUGUUAGCAUUUACACUAUGUAUUUUUUAUUUCAUUGUGAUAACCUACUAGAGUAUUUGGUUGUAGAAAUGCUACUACACAUACUCCUUUUUAUGUCAUGAAACAUUUGGGCUGGAAACCAGGUAACAUUCAAGUGUUGUGCUAUGUAAAUAAGAUGAAGAGAAGCUAUACCAUUGUAUUUAUUGCUUACCCUAAAGAAAAAAUGUGAAAUUACAUUUUGAGUGUGCUUUAUUUUCACUUUGUUCAUGUGAACCAUCAUGCAUUUUAAUUGCUGAAAGUAGUAUUAUGUUUGUGAUCAAUAAAAUAUUACUACAUUUAUUCA